AUGAUGCUCUCGGCAAGUUCUACAACACCCUGUUCAUUCCACGAAAGAGGCACGUCUCUGCGCCUGAACAUGGCACCUCAACUUCCAAGUAUACAUAUGCAUAGCUGGUCUCCAGAAGGAUCUUCUCAACAACCCCCCAGGAGUGUCGAAGACAUGGAUGCCUUCUUUUCUUCCAAAGUCUUCCUGCCCGACAUCCCAGACGUCAUCGAGAAAGAUAGCACUCGUCCCUGCACCCGUCGCCUUCUGCCAAGGCUCACCAUGAUGCCAAUGGCAAUGACAACCGAGAAACCCACUACCAUGAGAAGAAUGAUGGGAGCAAGUGACUGUGGAAGCACGUCCCAUCACGCUCAGGCCAAGACCUCGACGCCAACUUCUUGA